AUGGACCAGUAUAUACCUCUCCCUAGAGAGAGCCAUACGAGUGAUCAUACGGAUGAUUUUGAGCUCUCAGACAUCGACAUCGAAAAAUUUCCCGAACAACCCCUACCCAGGUGGUAUCGGUUGUCCAGCUGGGGGAUAUCGUCGAGAUGGCAGGUUCCAUCAGGUUGGGGCUUGAGGCCAACCAACUCGAUCAACCGAAAGACGAUCCCGUCUCUCAUCCUCGCCGGUAUCCUGACUGCGCUGCCACGUUUUCUGCGACCGGAGGGGUUAAAAAGACAGAAAAAGCUGCAUCCAACUGCUUACCUUGAUGCUUUAAGAGGCUGGGCAGCAUUCUUCGUCUUUCGUUUUCAUAUGUACUACAACAAAACGUCGUUCCUCGAGCUACCGGUUUUUCGCGGUCUCCUCAACGGUCGCGCCAUGGUAGAGGUUUUCUUCGUCAUCUCCGGAUACGUGCUUAGUUACCGACUUCUCAAGAUGAUGCGCACUCAACGGCCAGAUCUCCUUCGGGCAUUGGCUUCAUCAACAUUCAGACGAUGGUUUCGACUAUUCAUACCGACAGGCCUCGGCUCGUUCAUCGUCGCCCUGACCUCAUAUUUCGGCUGGUGUCGAGGAGAUCUUCGCCAGGGCACUUUCCUCGCUCAGAUAUGGGAUUGGUUCUGGGAUUUUGGCUCGACCACCAACCCUUUCGCCGAUAUCAAAGGCUGGUGGUACCCCAGUGUCUUCCGCACGAAGUACCUCGAUCCUAUGUGGACUAUUCCUGUCGAGUUCAGAGGAAGCAUGGUGCUUUUCGCCUUUUGUGCCGUUGCUGCUUUCCUAACUACGAAAGGUCGGAGGAUCUGUUGUACUGUCAUGAUACUUGCCUGUUACUACUGGUGGACCAUCUACGCUGCCCUGUUUCUGAUCGGUCUUAUGAUCGCGGAUCUUUCGUUCGACCACCACCCCGAACGGCUGCACCCCAUGCCCCUUCCACAACAACACGGCAUCGAAACAUCAUCAAUCCGCAAGAUUAGUAGGCAAGUCCUUAACAAAGUCGGGUGCAGCUUCCUUGUGGUCGUCGCACUAUUUCUCUUCGGACAGCCGCAGGACGGAUGGAGCUAUCAGGGACCAUUCCCAUUCGACUAUCUCAGCAAAGUCAUACCAUCGUGGUAUCCUCUCGAGCUGAGUGAAUACUUCUGGCUCAGUAUCGGAGCGGCUCUUCUGGUUUUCGCCUUGGACAACUGUCGCAUGCUCCAGAUUCCUUUCGAACUUGGUUUUUCUCAAUAUCUGGGGGACCUCUCGUUUGGCAUUUACGUUAUGCAUGACAUCGUCAACUGGUGCUUUUAUGAACCCAUUGUUGAACCAUGGCGUGCUGCACACCUUGGUGACGGCUACUGGUCAGGCCUGCCAGGGAUGAUAAUCACGACAAUUGUGGUGCUCUGGACGGCGGAUUAUUUCUCCAGGGUCGAUGCUCGGGUUGUGUGGUUUGGCAAAUGGCUGGAGUCGAAAAUCUUUGUCAAGCUGGAAAGUUGA